UACAUAUUGUGUCCAGUCAAUCCAAUAAUACUUAAAUACAAAUUUUUCUUACAGAUCGCUUGGAAGCGUGCUUUGUGUGAUGUUCUUUUAUUGCGAGCAGAAUUUUUAGUAAUGAUCUCGCUCAUUGCGAUUUAUUUGGGUCUGAUAUUUGGGCUUCCCGUACCUAAAUGUCCCACCGGUUACUUGGGUCCUGGCGGCAAACACGCUCUGGCAAAUUAUCCCAAUUGCACGGGUGGCGCCACUGGCUAUAUUGAUCGUCUGAUUUUAGGCAAUUCACACAUCUAUCAGCAUCCGACCGCAAAGUAUGUGUACGGCGCUCAGGCAUUUGAUCCGGAAGGAGUUUUUGGUUGCCUUUUGACUGUGGCUCAGACCUUUUUAGGCGUGCUCGCUGGCGUUAUUAUUUUGGUUCAUACUAACUGGAGUGCACGUAUUAAACGUUGGCUCUACUGGUCUAUUGGAUUAGCUCUGCUGGGUGGCACACUUUGUUUUUUCUCUAUAGAAGACGGUCCUAUACCAAUUAAUAAAAACCUCUGGUCUCUUUCUUUUGUUUUGGUCACCUCUGGAUUGGCGUUCUUUGUGCUCAGCUUACUCUAUUUCGUUAUUGAUGUGCAACGUUGGUGGACUGGCUAUCCAUUCGUGCAGUCCGGCAAGAAUGCCAUUAUAAUGUAUGUGGGUCACACCGUGAUGCAUAAAAUGUUGCCAUGGCAUUGGCGCAUUGGACCAAUGAAUACUCAUUUUGUGCUCUUGCUUGAAUCCACAUGGAAUACUUUGCUUUGGGUUGCUAUUGCAUUGUAUUUAGAUUCGAUAAAAUUUUACUAUAGCUUAUAAAAGAACAAAACUUAAAAAAAAAGAAUAAUGCAAUGUGAGAGCAAUAGUUUGAGGUAUUUUAAAUUUAAGAAUUCUCGAAAAUGUUGUAAUAUAUAUGUAUAAUACAAUCAAAAAAUAAAUGCAUAAUUUUACAUAGUCAUAUACUAUAUAGUUAGAUAAGAUUGUAACAGUAAAUUUACCUUAAAUUUAUAUCUACACAUAUUUAACGCUUAUAUAUUUUGUAAUACAAACUCGUAUUUUUAAUCAAAUGGAUUUAUCCCUCCAGUAUUGGUUUGAAUAAAUAUUUUGUAUACUUGA